AUGCGUUCUGGCAAGAUGAUGAGCCGAUUUCGCCUCGCAAUCCUCUGCUGCGUCUUUUUCCUCUCAAACGCGACUCAAGCAGUUCCCCAGCAAUACUGCAAACCCGUCGUAGGUACCCCAGGUUGGCCUUCCAUCUCCGACUGGCAUGCUUUGAACGACACUGUCUCCGGUCACCUCAUCACUCCUGUGCCCCCAGGGUUGGUCUGUCAGACCAACAGUUCGGUGUACAGCGCGCAGGCUUGUGGUCAGCUUCUUGCUCAGUGGAGCAAUUCGUCCUUCCAUGCCGAGGAUCCCUUCACGACCGACUACAACGAUGACUCUUGCCUUCCUGAUCCUCGAGCCCCAUGUUCUACGGCACUUCUCCCAGCCUAUGUGGUCAAUGCCACCAAUGUGGCUGAUGUUCAGGCCGCUUGCCGGUUUGCCUACAAGACUGGGGUUAGACUCAUUGUCAAGGGAACAGGCCAUGACUUUCUAGGACGAUCAUCUGGCCGAAGCUCUCUUUCAAUCUGGACGCAUAACAUCCGUGGCGUCAACGUCACGAUGGGGGAUUCUCGAGCCAAGCGAUACGGUGGUGUUGCCUCCGUCAAGAUUUCUGCCGGCAUGCGCUUUGGCGAAAUCUACCAAGCAGCUUCCUCGUACAACCUUACCUUAGUCGGUGGUGCAGAUCCUAAUGUGGGCAUUGGUGGGUGGGUUACUGGGGCUGGACAUGCUCCGAUCAGCGCUCUCUACGGCCUGGGGGCAGAUCAAGUCCUCGAGAUGGAGGUUGUCACAGCCAAUGGGACAUAUCUGACUAUCAACGAGGACUCUUACCCCGGCCUCUUCUGGGCGAUGCGAGGUGGCGGUGGUUCCACCUUCGCAGUCCUCAUCUCUGUCACUGUCAGAGCAUAUUCAGUCCUACCCACGACGGUGUAUGCGUUCAACUACAACACCACUGCAAACAGCGAUACGUUCUGGUCCUUGGUAGCAUAUUUCCACAACCAGUUGCCCGAGCUCUCCGACGCAGGUGUCAUGGGUUACUAUUUCAUCAUGCCCAACAACAGUGCGGCACAAUCCGACCCCGCCCGUAUGGGCUCGGUCUGGGGCAUCUGGUUGGUCCCGCACAAGACCAUUGAAGAAGCCCAGAAAAUAUUGAUGCCCAUGGAACAAACCAUCAGCAACAACUCACACAACUGGACGGACGUGGUCUUUCUCAGCAAUUCCUCUGUGGCGGUGCCGGACUUCACUAAAUUCUGGCUCACUGUCAUUACGUCGCAGAGCGUAGGAUCAGAAGUCCGGCUAGGGUCUCGCCUCUUGGACCGAGCCGCGCUCAAAACUGUUCCAACAAAAUUGAAGAGUCUCUUCAAGCAGGCGAAUCCUCUCCCACAGUAUUCGAUCCUGGGGCAUCUCGUGGCAGGCAAGGGUGUCAGGACUGUCAGGAACGGAAUCCCCGGAGGAAGUAACUCCGUCUUGCCCGCGUGGCGCGAUGCAUACGUACACGUCGUCCUUCCACGAUCGUGGGCGUUUCUGAACGAGACGCAAAAGAUUGCGACAACCACACAGCUCCGUAAUGUCGAAACAGAAGCCCUCCGCGAACUGGCGCCCAACAUGGGAGCGUACGUCAACGAAGCAGACCCGACUGAACCACACUGGCAGAGGACGUUUUGGGGAUCAAACUAUGCCAGACUGCUGCAAUUGAAGCAAUUUUGGGAUCCUAAGAGCGUAUUCUGGUGCGUGCCUUGCGUGGGUCACAUGGAUGGCUGGGAGGUUGUUAGCCAGGUCGGUGUGGAGGGCGCGGUGGGCGAGUCUCCAGGGAGAAUCUGCCGGACUUGA